GUGACGUCGUUCGGAUGACCGGGCAAGCCCGUUCUGAUAGAAGGAUAUUUGCCCAUUUGUGGACCGGCCAGGCGGAAACAGCGACAAAAAUCGGAAUGCUGGUUUGCUGCGUCGUUUUCCGACGUCUAACCCUCUGUUACCAAACCGCGACCUUCAAUUGCCCCAUAGCAACCAACAUCGCCGGCAUUCCGAGCUCGCUAUCCCCCCUCCCGUCAAGAUGACUGCCACGUACACUAUUUUCGGCCGCCAAGUCGGCUCGCACCAUCUGGCGAUGCUUACCCUCGGAACAAUGUUCGGCGGUACCUACCUCGCAAUGAGCGGCCCGAAGAAGGCAACAACUCCCACGCCUCCCAUCAACGCAUCGAGCUCGGACGAGGAAGGUUUCAUCAAGAAGUUCAUGGAGAACGCAGAAGCGGACGAGAAGAAGGCGAAGCAGUAAGAGUGUAACUGUACGGGCUUCGAGCGAUGAUGUUGCGACGCGCAUUGGGACAGUGUACAUAUACAGGGGCGCUUGAUGGCCAGCGGAAUUCUGUCGAGAGAUAACACAUUACGAUUGGCGCAUCCUGCGAUUUAACGUUCAUUCAAACUGUCCGAUAUAGCAGCCGACGUGGUACCCGCCGAAGGUGUUGAUCUCUUCCCAGUACGGGGUCUAUCCAUGUCUCGCAGAAAUCGCCGAAAUGCCGCUCAGGUCUGCCCUUUCUCGAACCCUCGGAGCAUUCCUUGAGCGACUGCGACUAGGUUGGACCCUGCCUUCCAAAACUUUUGCGCCCCUUGGAGUUCUAUCUUGUCCAGCCGCGGCUAACACCCUAGAAUACCAU